UUAGCAUUGAAAGAACUGACAUCACUGGAUCAUUUUAUGCAGAACAAAAUCUUUCCAGAAAUAAAGACUCUGGUUGCGCAGCAGAAACUGGCAAGAAUGAAAUUUAAUAAGACGUACCCAGAAAAUAUCAGCGUGCAAAGUUUUGACGCUGCUGCUUCUGGUUCACUUUCCAUGACAUCCAACAACAGCAAGAAAGAUUAUUGGGAUUGCAGUCAGAGUUACCCAUCUUAUUGCUGGUGUUCCAAGCAAUACUACUGGAUCUCUAUUAUUGUGAUGCUGUUACUGGGAGUUACUGUUGCUGCUCUGGCAUGUGCUGUAAUCUUUGGCAUCCCGAAAAAUACUCCAGACAGAUUUUGUAUAGCUGCAAACAAUCAGUCAGGAUUCCUGUGUGAUGACCGUGUCACCUGUUUGCAAUCAUCUCAAGUUUGCCACAGGAUCGAGGAUUGUUUGGAGAGUGCUCAUGAACCUGCAAUGUGCAGUGAUGUGCCACACAAUCUACCAAGCUAUCUUGUGUUUACAUGUGGCAAUCCUAAUUCAUGGAUUUACACUGAUCAAGUGUGUAAUGGAUUUAACAACUGUGGAGAUUGCUCAGAUGAAUCAGGACCAUUGUCCAACUGUCUUCCAUGUGGGCCACAGUAUUGGAGCUGCAAGUCUGUUGUUUCUCAGUACUGUAACUGCAUUCCGAGAGAGCUGUGCAGAGAUGAUGCACAACACUGUGUGGAUUGGUCAGAUGAGUACAUCUGUCCUGCAAACUAAUACCAGAAGUGGGAAGGAGUAACAUAACACCUAAGGAUAAUGACAGCCUGAGUAACAUAAUCCCAUAUUACUUCACUUAACCAGGACAGCGGAUUUCUGUUUUGUGGCUCUACAAAAUCCAUCUUUUGACCUGCAAAUAGCUUUGGAAAUUGCAGCAUCUCACUGCAUACACUGUUUUAAGCUGUUACAAACUCAAACUUACAAAGAUGCAAGUGUCCAUCCUAUUGGCUUGUGAAAAGGUUGUUCAGUAUUUUUGUCUAUUAAAAUGCUAUCCAUGUUCAAAAACUCCAGUGUAACAAGAAUCAAUGUUAAUUAAACUGUAUUGGUUGUUGCCAUUGUUAUUUUUCUCUUUGUUGCUAUAUUUAAAUUGCAUGUUCUGUGCUUGCUGCUCUUUUGUAUUGUCAAACUCACUUGAAGUAAAUUUUCAUUCCAUA